AUGGCCAUGCGGAGCGUGGCCGGGGGCCUGCGGAGCGCCCUGGGUCUGUUUCUGGCCUUGGCCGUCCAUCCGGGCGAGGCCUCCAACUCGUCGUCGAGCUGUUCGGGCUGCGACAUUGAGGACUGGAACGACGAGAAGUUCGCGCAGUGCAACUUCUGGGGUGACCCCCACAUCACCUCCAGCUACGGCGAUUUGGGCUCCUUCGACUUUCAGGGCCUCGGCCUGUGGAAGGCGUCCGUGUCCAGUGCCUGCGGAUACAAAUUCCAGGUCAACGCCUUUACGUGCCGAUAUACUCCGCAGCUCUGGAGCAACAGCAUCACGCGUUACCUGGCCAUCCAGAUCGGCGACAAGAUCAUUUACGUCAAUAACACCAAUGUAGGUGGCAGCGGUCUGGGUUUGGUGGAUGAUCCUUCUUUCAGCCUCCAAACUGCCGGCAUCAACAUUCAGAGCCCGGACAAGUGCUUCCGAAUGAACGUGAACGUAAAGCCUCUGGAUGGCGGCUCGCGCUGGUACCACAAUGUGAAGCUCCGCGUGUUCAAGCAUGCCGUUGAAAAGGAUGGCAUCUGUGGUUCAUCCGACUUGCGCGAUCAGCUCGUCUCCCACGAUGAUGCCGACGUGCUGUUCACGGAGGAGCAGCUGGCUGAGAUGUGCGGUGCCUGCACGGAGCCAAACGCGCCGGCCCCACUUGGUUGUCCUGGCUCCGACACGAGCAGUCCCGGCUGCGAGUUCAUGAGCCAGUCCACGAACCUCAACAGCUUCGAGUGCACGAAGGACAUGCUCCCGCAAGACGGGGAUGCUCCGGAUGCGGACAACCUCACCAAGUACCUCGAGCUCACCAACAACGGAGAGUAUUGUAUGGCGUAUGUCAAGACGAAAGGACGCGGUGGAAGCAACAAUUGCAAAGAGUACUGCGAGGACAUCGGCUCGAAGUGCGUGGCUGUGUGGGACCAGAUUGCCCGCACAAGCUGCAUGUUGGAUCCGGUUGACAUAUUCGAGAAGCACGGAGCCACCUGCGACCAUCGUGCAAAGCUCAGCGACAUGCUCUGCAUUUGCGACAAGCCUUCUCCGGACGACCCGUUCCCUGGCCCUCCACCGGAGCGCGUCUGCGGGGGUGCUGAGCCCUUCAACGAGGCCAAGGACCUCUGCAAAGUUUGCCUUCCGAACGCCGAGUACAGUGACAAGCCUGUGACCGAGCAAGACCAGCGGCUCCGGUCUUGCAUCCUGGACAUCUGCUCCCUCCCAGACACCGCCACGCUCGAUGACAAGAAGGCCAUCUCCGAGAACGCCUGCGAGCAAGAUCCGAUUCUUCCUCCCUCCGGCCGGAAGCUCUGCUCCUCUGGAGGGUUCUGUGAAUCCAUCUGCGGCGACAACCUCGUGUUCCCCUCCAUCGGCGCUAGCGCUUGCCAGAGCCUCUGCAAGCCCCUCUUCGAGUCGAAGGUGGCCCCCGGGUUGCGGGGCUUCUGCGACUUCAAGGAUUCCUGCCAGGGCCAGGAGUGCAGCGAGUCCAGUUACUACUGCCCUUUACUGUGCCAGAGCCUCGAGUGCGACCAGAAUGUUCAGGAUGGAUGCUCCGGAUGCCAGGAAAGGUGUGCAGACGUUUUCGGCGAUGUUGACGACAUCCUCGAAGAGUACUGCGAAGACUGCUACUCCGUGCCCGUAGACGAUUCGGAUCUCUGCAAACGACCCGGGUUCUGUGCGGAGUACUGCAAGGGCGCCGUGAACGGCAACGAUCCCCUGGUCUUCCCAUCAGCUGACGACUGCCUUACCGUCUGCAACAGCGACGAUGGGUACGACCGCAUCAUCAGCACCGUCGAAUCCAAGUUCUGCCCAAGUGACAUUUCCGGGAAGACUGCGAAUCAGAUUUGCAAGGGAGGCCUCUGCAGGAUUCCUGGCAAGCGCAGGGCGUGCUUCGGUCCGUGUGCCAACGCGCUCUUGGACAGCACGGGUUCUGCGGUGCCAUUUGCGACAUCGGCUUCGCUGGUGCUAGAUGUCGAGACGACUGCGGACGUUGGCCUCCUGCAGUCCCGGUCGUAUGCCCUGCAACCGGACGUGGAGACGGAGAGCAGCGAGCUGUCUGCAGGCAGCAAGUCCUUCUACUGCAAGAGGCUCUGCGACGACGGCCUCAAGAUGAAAGGGAAUCGCGAGCCCGCUUGCAUCCAGGGCUGUCUGCAGAAGUUCUCUCAAGUCGUAAGCGUCCUGGAGAGCUACGAAGAGAAGUGCCCCGAUUGCAAGGCCAGCGUCGCUCCUGAUGUCCGAGGCGAUGACGACAGAAGGGACGAUGACAAAAAGCGGGACGAUGACAAGAGAAGGGAUGACGACAAGAAGAGGGACGAUGACAGGAAGAAAGAUGAUGACAAGAAGAGGGACGAUGACCGCAAGAAAGAUGAUGACAAGAAAAAGGACGAUGACAAGAAGAAAGAUGAUGACAAGAAGAAGGACGAUGACAGGAAGAAAGAUGACGACAAGAAGAAGGACGAUGACAGGAAGAAAGAUGAUGACAAGAAAAAGGACGAUGACAAGAAGAAAGAUGAUGACAAGAAGAAGGACGAUGACAGGAAGAAAGAUGAUGACAAGAAAAAGGACGACGACAGAAAGAAGGAUGACGACAAGAAGAAGGAUGAUGAUGGAUCGCGGAGGCGCAAGGACGAUGAUGGAUCGCGGAGGCGCAAGGACGAUGAUGCAUCGCGCAGGCGAAAGGACGACGACAGCUGGUUGGGAAGACGACGCAAGGACGAUGAUGCCUCGCGCAGGCGCAAGGACGAUGACGGAUGGCGCUGGCCCAAGGAUGAUGAUGCAUCGCGCAGGCGCAAGGACGACGAUGCAUCGCGCAGGCGAAAGGACGAUGACAGCUGGUUGGGAAGACGACGCAAGGACGAUGAUGCAUCGCGCAGGCGCAAGGACGAUGACGGAUGGCGCUGGCCCAAGGAUGAUGAUGCAUCGCGCAGGCGCAAGGACGAUGAUGCAUCGCGCAGGCGAAAGGACUGGACGACGACAGAUGGUUGGGAAGACGACGCAAGGACGAUGAUGCAUCGCGCAGGCGCAAGGACGAUGACGGAUGGCGCUGGCCCAAGGAUGAUGAUGCAUCGCGCAGGCGCAAGGACGACGAUGCAUCGCGCAGGCGAAAGGACGAUGAUGCAUCGCGCAGGCGCAAGGACGACGAUGCAUCGCGCAGGCGAAAGGACGAUGACAGCUGGUUGGGAAGACGACGCAAGGACGCAUCUGACGAUUCCAGCUGGCAGGGACACCAACGCCAGGGACAGCAAAGCACCGACGUCACAAUAUCUCACGACUGAACAACAUGGGCUGAUCUUGCCUCCAGCGGAGCAGUGUCAGCGCCGGCCCAUCUGCUCCCGAAAGGAGACGAUGACGGAUGGCGCUGGCCCAAGGAUGGUGAUGAUGGACUGCGAAGACGGCGCAAGGACCGAUCAGACUGAGGAUCCGGCUUCAGAGGCCUGCGGCCUACCACGGCACCUGGCUGAAGGCAGCCCAGUUCCUGAGCUCCGAGUGAAGCACGUAGCUUCGCAUGGAGUGAGAGCUGUGGAAGGUUACCGGGGCAGAAGGUUGGGAGAGAAGAGUUACCGGGACAUGGCGACGGUGGUUUUCGCGCAUUUUGGUGCGAGUGCCGUUGCGCUGAUUCUCCGUUCUCAGUGCUGCACUCAGCUUGGAGCUUCGGUGAUCACGGUGGGCGAAGGGCUGGGCGUGUUGACCGGCUACUUGGGCAUUUCCCGCUGUCUCUGCUGCGGUCGAAGGGAGGAAUCUGACAGUCCCGUGCCGCAGCGGCGCCGCUGUGCCGGCAUCAAGUGGUACUGGUUCCACUUGGCCAUACAAGUGGCCUUCGCAAUGCGUGAGGCGCUGGUCGUUUCGGCUCUGAGCUGGAACUGGGAGUUGCUCUUUGUUCAUUCCGCCACGUGGCUUACCUUGGCGAUCGUGACUCGGGAGGUUUGGCUCUUCUCGGGGAUUCGUGAAGGCUCCGAGAAGCGGAAGGUUGCCGUAGACGGGCUGCUGGAUAUGCUCCUGCUCCCGGUGAACAUCAUCUUUUUCUGUGCCGUGUGUAUCCGCGUUCUGAAACUUCAGCCCGAUACGCAGAUGGGAAAGAUGGUUCCGGUCAUCAUCGAAAGUGGUGACAUCUACGAAGCCUUUGCUCUCUGGUCGGUGCUGGUUCUCUUCGUCAAGGUGGUGCAAGCCGAGAUGGCGGGAAGCCACUCCAACGCCAUGAGCUCUUUCAGGUCCUUCAAGGCAAUCAGUUUGCAGGGCGUCAAAGCUUGGGUAUUCAUCCAGUCAGCGGCCGUCCUUUUGAAGCUCGCUCUUCAAGGCGUCGUGGCUGUUUACGUCCCAACCUUCUGCUACUGGGCUUCGAAGUCCUGCACCAGCUGCGAGCAGCUUUACGAGGAGAACAUCGCCAUUGCUCUCUCUGCUGUGACCUUCUUGCUUUGCUCCUUUGCCAUCAUGUUUGUAUUUUACUUCGAGUCUGGAUACCGCCACCACUUGGAGAAGACAGAGCCUCUGUGGAAGUUCCUGGGCGUGAAAGGCAUCGUUUCCGUGACCUACUUUCAGUGGCUGGUUAUCUCUGUCCUUGCCUCGCCUCUGAAGUGGACCGGAAAUCAGGUCUACCUGUUCCACUGCUUGCUCUAUGCAUUCUGGAUGCCACUGCUUGCGCUGGUGCACACCUUCCUUGCCUACCCGUUCUACUCCCUUCGCAGCUCUGAGAGCUCGGACCUCGCCCCAUGGCUCCUUGCUUGGCUUAAGACCCUCGGCGUCGGCGAGGAGCUGCCUUCCUCCACACCCUCCUUACCAUCCAUCUCGGGAACAAUCGACAGCCGUUCCGAGGUGCUUCUAGACGGUGCAUGCGAAGUGCGGAGCAUGAGCAGAGUGUCAUCGGAACUGCUCUCCCAGCCAGCGUCUUCCAAAUGCCAGCUGCUGGUGUACUUUACCGUGGGCUUGCUGUCCUGUGUCGCAAGCUCCAAGGCCCUGCUGAUGCUCCUCCCGGCCGACGCCACGCCCUUCGAGGCGCCGCUCCGCAACAUCUCCUGCGCAGGCCAGGGUGAUCUGGCACACUUUCUGCUGACUCGUCAGGACUUGCAUUUUGCGCUGCUGAAUGACACGGCUGAGCGAUGGUCAUCUCCCGGGGUCGCCGGCGCAUGGCUGCCCCUCUGUUCAGCCACUCCUGUGGGUUGCGCCCCAGGUCACUUCGCAGAGCGCCUGGCGCCGUCGGUGGGCUGCUCUGCCAAAGGCGUCUACACCUACACCGGCUCGUGCAGCGCCAUCUCCUGCGGGGCUCCCCCACACCUGCCACAUGCCGUUCCGCGGAUGCACGACAUUGAGCGGCAGAACUGGACCUAUGGCGUUACCAUUCACUACGACUGCGACAAGCCCGGAUACCGGGGCGACCUCAGUGCAGAGUGUAACCUCACCGGGACGUGGGUGGUCCACGGAUCCUGCGUGGAAGUGACCUGCGGCCUUCCGCCAGAGGACGUUCCGCACGCCCACGCCGUCUUGGACCCAAGUCACAGCAACAUCAGCACAGGCAUGGUCGUUCGCUACCAGUGUGACGAGAUGUACAACGGAACCCCAACAGCGACGUGCGGCGAUGACGGCAUGUAUGUCAAAGCAGGCCGCUGCCGGCGAGAAUGUGGUGCGCCCCCGACCAUAUCGCAUGCGGCUCCGAGGUUCAACAACUCCGGUAUCCUGGGCGGUUGGUUCGAGGGCAUGCAGUGCCCCUACUCCUGCGAUCCAGGCUUUCAUGGCUUCGCCUCCGCUGUGUGCAUGGAGGACGGUGGCUACAACGUCUCUGGGCGCUGUGCGCCGGUCUCCUGCGGUCAGCCGCCAAGCCUGCCAGAGGCCACAGCACGCAUGGAUGACAUGAAGACCGCUGCAAGCCAGAAUUUCACCUUCGGUGUGCACGUCCGCUACGCGUGCAACCGGCCCAUGUUCCAUGGAGAAUUGGUGGCCAAAUGCAAUUCCACGAGCUCGUGGGUAAUUUCCGGCCAGUGCGCCCAGGUUACCUGUGGAGAUGCACCAGCGGUGCCUCAUGCGAAGCCAGUAGCCACCGAGGACAACAUGACGGCGGGAAGUGUGCAGCGGUACCAGUGUGAUGAUGCUUACAACGGAACACCCACUGCUGCCUGUGGCUUCGAUGGUCAGUUUGUUGUCUCCGGCCGUUGCCGUCGGCAGUGCGGCGUGCCGCCGUCUGUGCAACAUGCUGUGCCCAGCUUCAAUCAUGAAGCGUUGGCUGCCGGAUGGUUGUCAGGCAUGGGUGCUUCUUACCGCUGCGAUCCGGGCUUUGACGGUGCUGUCACAGCAAUGUGCGGCGAUGACGGGAACUUCUCGAUUCAAGGUCUCUGCAAAGUCGCUUCGGCUGGGGAGACCAAUCGACUGCGCUCAAGCAUCACCGGGCUGUCAACUGCAAUUGGCGUGGAGAACGCUUUGAUCCUCGCUGGCCUUGGAUUCUUUGCCUGGCAGAGGUACCGCAUAAACACGCGGAAUGUCGUGAACCCCACGAACGAGAUGUCCUCGCCAAUCUGCCCGGAUGCGGAGCGGCCUGCAGCGAGUGACUAA